AUGAACGUCUCGCAAUUGGAACUCUUCCCGCCACAACUUUUACUAACAAUUCAUGCUACUAGUAUGGAUCGCAAAAGAAAGUCGGUAUUUUCAUCACGUUUUACCGAUGGUAAUCCAGUGGAGAAGAUAAAGAAACAUUCUCAUAGGGAACAUGACACAAACAGAGUUCCGCCAUUCCACUUUCUAAUCGAGCAACUCACCAAGAUCGUCGACAAAGAGGAUGUCAAGCCUAGCGAAGAUGUUCUCAAAGCAGCCACGGACUUAAGUCGAGCCUUACAACGCACGCCCUUGCCAAGCAAAGCAUCAGCGAACUUGACCGGCAUAGAUACAACUAUACCCCCAAAACUGCCCAAAGACCAUGCCAGCCCAUCCCAAUCCCUACCACCGCUGCCUCGAAUUACGGACGCCAACCUUGAAAAGACAGUAUUUACACUUCCGGCAAUGAGCAGUGAUCCCACAAAAACUUACGACAGGCUCGAAAUCCUUGGUGAUGCAUACAUCGAGCUUAUUGCAACAAAACUUAUAUGGAACAGAUUCCCAGAGAUACCAUCUGGCCGAAUUUCACAAAUCCGGGAAUCUCUUGUGAAGAAUGAGACGCUUGCGGAAUACUCCACCAAGUAUGGCCUCGACAGUAGAACAUCGUUUCCGCAGGAUUAUCUAAACAAGCCGAAGAGGCUGAUAAAAACCAAAGGAGAUCUGUUUGAAGCCUAUGUGGCUGCUAUUAUAAUCUCCCACCCGAACGGCUACUCUAUCGCCGAGGAUUGGCUUUCGCAGUUGUGGAUUUCCAAAUUAGAAGCUCUUGAUGAAUCACCAUCACAUAUGCAUGCCAAGCAGGCUCUCGCUAAGAGAGUAUUGAGGCGAAAAGGUUUCAGACUAGAUUAUAUUGACGAAAAGCCACCGGUCCAGCAUCAAGGCACGGAAACUUUUUUUAUUGGGGUCUACCUUAAAGCGCCCGGCCUGAACAACAAACACCUGGGUUCUGGCCAAGGGUUGAGCAAGGCAGCUGCUGGCAAUAAAGCCGCUCAGAGGGCGUUGGAAAACGAGGACUUGAUGAACGAAAUUACGACCAUGCGACCCCCUCAUGGAACGGAGUGUGGAUAG